AUGGGCAGCAUCAUGAUGUCCCGCGGCCCACACAGCGCCGGCAUAGCGCGCGACGCGUCUGAGGUUCGCGAGUCGGGAGGCGUUGCCAUCACCUGGGAGGAGCUGCUGGGCAUCGGCGGCGACUGCCCCGAGGUCGCCAGCGAAAGCCCUGACUUCAAUGCCCGGGUUAAGCCCUUCGCGGGGGCACUGCACGGCGGGGAGGAGUCGAUGAUAGCGUCCCUGACGUCCACGAGGCGGGAGGCCUGGCGGCGUGUGGGCGACGGCCCAGCGAAGGGAUUCGACGCGGACCUGCGCAGGAGGCGCGACCUGCUGAUGAAGACCUCCGGCGCCAACCGGAACUCGACUUCCCUGCCUUGGUUCCGUUCUCCACCUUCUCCGCCCUCUCGCAGUGGAUCCGGAGACCGAUGUUUGGAUUCCGAUCAGGAUGGCGAGGUUGAUAAGGACGAGGGGGGAAAUGAGGCGGUUUCGCCUUCGGUUGAGGACAGCGCGAUCGGCGUGGAGGGGCGGGUUGGCUGGCUGCUGUUCAAGCGGCCCAAGGAUGGCGGCCAGCGGCCGGCGCGGCGCAGAGCCGUCGAAAAGUCGUACGGCGGGCAGCCCGAGCUGCAGGUCAGGCGCUGGAGGUCGGACUCGUCCAUGGGGAACACCGCGCGGCGCGACGCAUCCUUGGACUCCAGGGAACUGCCCGGGGUGCUCGAGAUGGUGAGGUCCGUUCCGGACAUCCACCGCGAGCUGGCGCUGGAAAGGGCAGCCUCCCCGCUGUCUGUGGAAUCGCAGCACGGGCGAGGGGGGGACGGGCGUCUGGACAGCAGCGCGUCGUGGAGCACGGAGUAUCAGCCGGAGGCCCGCACGGAAGAGCAGGCGUGCGCUGCGCGAAUGGACUCCGGGAUCCUGACGGAGUCGGAGGACAUGGCCGUGGAUUGCUGCCCCUGGAUCAACCUGCGCUACGAGGACAUGAUGUACACCGGUGGCGGGCGGUGGGCGGGGCUGGGCGUGGAGUGGAGCGUGGUGCAGUGA